AAUUUCAGGGAAGCAUUGUCGUAGAACCUCAAGAAAAUAUGGGUGUAGAAUUUCAGGGAAGCAUUGUCGUAAAACCUCAAGAAAGUUUAGAAUCAGAAUUUCAAGAAAGUGUGAGUAUAGAAUUUCAUGAUAGUGCAGAUGUAGAAUUUCACAAUAGUAGAGAUAUAGAAUUUCACGAUAGUAUGGAUGUAGAAUUUCACGAUAGUAUGGAUGUAGAAUUUCACGAUAGUGCAGAUGUAGAAUUUCACAAUAGUACGGAUGUAGAAUUUCACGAUAUUAUGAGUAUAGAAUUUCACGAUAAUAUCGGUGUAGAAUUUGACGAUAGUACGGGUGUAGAAUUUCAAGAUAUUAUGGAUAUAGAUCCUCAAAAAAAACAUGUUACUAAACGGAAGUAUGUAUAUAACACGUGUGGAAAACCUGGUCAUAAUGCACGAAAGUGCAACAAAUAG